CACAGAGACGGCGUUGUUAACGAGUCUCUCCAAGUAGCGCCGCAUAGUAAUGAAUGCAUUAGCUUAUCUCAGUGUUGUAACCAGAGAUCUAACUGAAGCCUGUAGACACAGUAUUUCACCAGUUAAAGACGAAACCACAGCAUGCAAGUCUGCACAUAACUUGGAAAUAGUGUGCGCUUAUUGAAAACUCCGAGAUUACUAAGGUACAUUUGUGGCUGCCAGCUUGGCGAACCCAACCGUUUCCUGGCUUUGAUGCGACCCGAUUGCAGCUGGAGUAUGUCCACUGCAGGCUUGACUGCCCAGGAAGUCUGUUUACCCUCGCAAGCGCUCUUCCUGCGGGGCAGCCAUUGUCACAGCAUGGCCGGAACCAAGCCUUCCUGGAAUCACCCUCAUGAUUUUGACAAUCAUUAUUUCAGCUUUGACGGGGAUUACAAGCUACAGUCACAACAGCAGGUCCCCUCGUCAUCUGUAGACAAAUCGCGAUCACUGCUCCUGUCCCGGAACAGUCCGGCAGUUCAGAGGCUGCACCCGAAGAAGUCCCGGCCCUCGCAGCUCACCUUGUCCUCCAGCAGCGAACCCCUCACACCCAGCCCUGUGGAGGAUGACCAGGUAGUGCCCUCCUUCCAACGCCUGUCGGUCUGCGACCGCGUCAGUCCACCGCACACGCCCAGCCGCGUUGCCAAGCCCCUGCCUCCUCUGCCUGGCUCAGUGGACUUGUCCUCAUCGGACCAGGCUAUGGACAGCGAGGUGGGGUUCUUCGUCGAUGACAGCUGUAGCCUUGUGCCCGAGCCGUAUGCCAAACCCUCGGCCUUCCGCUAUGGCACGCCCAGCCGGAGGAGUUUCAGGGGUCGUGGGAUGAUUAACUAUGCGUACCACGAAGGACCAUCAGUCCAACAGAGGCAACCUCAGCCACAGUCACAGUCGCAGCACCAGCACCAACACCAACACCAGCAGAGGCGGCAAGACAAGGAUGUACCUGAACAGCAGCAUCAGACUCAACAUCAGCAUCCACAUCAUCAUCACCAACAGCCACAGGAUCAGCAUCCACAUCAUCAUCACCAACAGCCACAGGAUCAGCAUCAACAUCAUCACCAACAGCCACAGGAUCGCACCCGUAAGCUGCGUCGCUCUCACUCAGGGCCCGCUGGCUCCUUCAAUAAGCCCACGUCGUUGCGCGUGUCCUGUCACCACCGGAACACCAACAACGGCCAGGACAUGGACAAACCUGAGAUACCUCCCCGAGCGCCAAUCCCGCCCCGGCCUGCCAAAACCGCCGACUACCGCCGCUGGUCUGCCGAGGUCUCCUCGGGGGUGUACAGUGACGAGGACCGGCCCCCGAAGGUUCCGCCACGAGAACCUCUGUCCAGCACGAGCACCGGCGCCCGAACCCCCAGCCCCAAAUCCCUCCCCACAUACCUCCAUGGCAUCAUGCCGCCAACGCAGAGCUUUGCUCCCGACCCAAAGUACGUGAGCCGUGGCCUGCAGCGUCAGAACAGCGAGGGCUCGCCCUGCAUCCUGCCCGUCAUGGAGAACGGCCACAAGGCCAGCAACACACACUACUUCCUGCUCCCCCAGAGGCCCGCCUACCUGGACAAACUGAAGAAGUUUCUGACCGACUCCCCAGCCGGCCGAGACGAGGAGGAGGAGGAGGAGGUCUCGAGGCCAGACGGGGAAGGCCAGAGUAAGCGGAGGGCGCCCAUCGACUUUGUGUGACACCAGGACACACGACGUUCUGACUGGUGUAUGCAAAAGCAUAGCUUGGUGUAUAUUGCCUGAGGACCUUAAAGACAUUUCACCGCUGCUUCGAUGCAGUUGCUAUGGUUAGUUUUACCCUAGUAUUUAUAACAUUAGGGUAAGUAACAUACCAAUUGCAGUUACUGGGAAGAUGUGUUGCUGUUGUUGUAUACGUGUUGGAAGAACUCUCAAUAGGAAGGCAAACGUGGCGUGGAUGUGUGCAGUAUCCCUGUGCAUUCUGGACUGUGGAUGAGAUCAGUCUUAUCCAUUAUGUAUGUAUCAGAUGGAUUAUUUUUGAUAUUAUUCGUGAUUUCAUGUUAGUGCUUCUUGCCAAUCCUGUGGUGCAGUUGUUUGGUGCGAGCUGGUCUCACACCUCAGUGUCAGUGUUUGGGCUUUGCUAACCAGAAUGACUUAUUUUGAAGUCACAUGUUGUGUUCCUCUGAGGAUGUUGCUUCAGCGUCUUGGAGAACAAGGCAUUUCUUUGUAUCUUUGAGAAUCAAGAGUACAAAGGAUCCGUAAAACAUUAGUAAUCACUUGCUGAAUGAAUGAAGUCUAAGUAAAAGACCUUUGAAGAGUUGAAGGCAUUUAUGAAGGAUCGUCCAGCUUGAACCCCACCCUAAUUCCUGCAAUUCGGUGCAGGCAAGGAAAAGCAGAUUGCUCGUUAGUUUCUCUUUUCUACAAAACUUGUCAAAACGAUGUGUGUGUGUGUGGAUGAUGGUGUGUGUGUGUGUGUGUGUGUGUGUGUGUGUGUCUCAUGUAAAAUGUA